AACGUAUUACCCGAGGAAAGUUCGGAGUUCAGAUGCGUCGGUUCCCGAGUCAUCGGGAAGCAUCUGUAGCCCUCAGCCACCCUCUCCCUUCACCUCUGCUCCUCUGGGCCGAGGUGCCUGACAUAUGGAGGUGGGAAGAGGCAUUCUGUUUCUGCCGACCUCCAAACCCCUCUCUUCUCCCUUGGAAAGGAGCAGUGAAGUCCCCCCAACCACCACCACAGCCAAGGCACUUGUGAGGCAUGGCGGAUGGAGCUUUUUGAGAUGUGCCUACAUGGUGAUGACCUUUUUCUUCGUGUCCUACAAUAAAGGAGACUGGUGUUACUGCCACUACUGUAACCCGGAUGUGGAUGUGAGAGACGACCCCUGCUGUUCUUUCUAGUGAACCUGCCCCCAUCUCACCCAACCUUCACAAGCCCUCCAGCUCCAGCACCUCGGCAUUUCACCUCCCAAGGAAGCUCUUCGCACUCGGCCUGUCAACUCGGAGGGCGAUGGGCGUCCAGAGGGAGCCUCUCGGAGGACCGUGCCACGAGACGAGGGCCGGGAGAGCAGCGGACCGAGCCUCUGCAGGGUCUCGGCCGGGAGAGCAGCGGACGGAGCCUCUGCAGGGUCUCGGCCGGGAGAGCAGCGGACCGAGCCUCUGCAGGGUCUCGCCCACAGCUUCUCUUCUGGACCAGUUCCAGCCUCUCUUUACUGUUCCUCUAACGAAACGUGCACUCGUGUAAGGGCUAAGGGUUCCUUUCUUCUGUUCCCCAAACACAGCAAAUGGACGCAGGGUGGAGGCAUGCUAAGAAUCAUCUAUAAUUUUUAAAUAAAAAGUCCAUUACCUCCUGA